GGACAUCAUUUGAUGCAAAAACAAGUCUCCGAUGAUUUUUCCUCUCAUCUUUUCUCCAUGUGAUCGGUUUAAAACUUGGGAAUAGAGAGUGAGGCGUUUCGAAAAUAGGUGAAUAUAUUUGGAGUAGCAAUGGCUCCUGGUGGCAGUGUUUGCAAAGAAGUUGUUGAAUCUCUUCCUACUGUUGCAGACUAUGAAGUUGGUAUGACAAAAACCGAGAGUAAUCCUACAACAACAAAAAGUUCUGUUGGUUUCGUUGGCAAACACGUUCAUUCAAACAAUGGUGUUUAUCAGCUCCUUGAGUGUCCUUUAUGCAAAAAUUUGAUGUACUCUCCGAUUCACCAGUGCCCAAAUGGACACACUUUGUGUUUGAACUGCAAGAUUAGAGUGCACAAUUGCUGUCCGUCAUGCCACUAUGAUCUUGGAAAUAUAAGGUGUUUAGCUUUGGAGAAAUUUGCGGAAUCCUUGGAACUCCCUUGUAAAUAUCAGAGCCUAGGUUGCCAUGAUAUCUUCCCCUAUUACAGCAAGCUUGAGCAUGAGCAGCACUGUCGGUUUCGUCCCUACAAUUGCCCCUAUGCUGGUUCUGAUUGCUCUGUCACAGGUGACAUCCCAACCCUCAUUGCACAUCUCAGGGAUGAUCAUAAGGUCGACAUGCAUGAUGGAAGUACCUUCAACCAUCGAUACGUGAAAUUGAAUCCACAUGAGGUUGACAGUGCGACAUGGAUGCUUAGUGUGUUUAAUUGUUUUGGAAAACAGUUCUGCUUGCAUUUCGAGGCUUUCCAGAUCGGGAUGGCACAUGUAUAUAUGGGCUUUUUACGUUUUAUGGGUGACGAUAAUGAAGCAAAAAUGUUCAGCUAUUCUUUGGAAGUUGGUGCCAACGGUCGUAAGCUAAUAUGGCAGGGGAUUCCUCGGAGCAUCCGGGACAGUCAUCGGAAAGUUCGCGACAGUCAGGAUGGACUUAUUAUUCAAAGGAAUCUAGCUCUCUUUUUCUCCGGUGGCGAUAGGCAAGAGCUGAAGUUGAGGGUAACUGGCCGUAUAUGGAAAGAAGACUGAGAUGCAAAACAGUGUAGAAUUCAGGUGAUUUCUACAGUUUUAAAAAAUUUCCAAGUCUCGUUUGCAAACAGACGAAGCUUUCGAUUUUCCCCUCGAUUAGGGCUUUCUUUUGUAGUUUACAUAUCGUCUAUGUCCGGCGAAUGCUUAGUGCAGGAAAUUAUGGUUUAUUUGACGCAAUUUGGUUGCUUGAAGUUUAAUGCCACAUGUAUGCAGAGUUCCUAUUGAA